GACUUCGUGGAGAGCAACAAGCGCUUCACCCCCACCACCAUCUACCCCAUCGACAAGAGGACAGGCAAACAGUUCAUGUGCAUGAUCAUGGCAGCCUCCGAGCCCCGCACGCUCGACUGGGUGGCCAGCCCCAACCUCCUGGAUGACAUCAUGUGAACGUGGGGUGGGGACCCCUCCUGCACCCCCCGGCUCACCCCACUUUGUAGAUAGGUGUUGCCCUGUCAGCACGGUGGGACAGGGAUGCCCUCUCGGAUGUGGCACAGAGGGGAGGACAAGGCUGCGGCAGGCUGUGGGCAGCCAGCAUUGGUGUGGGGGGGAGCUGCAGGUGGGGGUGCUGGGCUCGCGGGGGCUGUAGGGCACAGGAGUAUUGGCCAAGGUUGGCCACGGGGCACAGGUCCCAGCCAGCCCCCUGGCAUGACCCCACAGAGCCCUCUCCGGGUGAGCGAUGCUUGCUCAGAGAGAGGGCACCCCAAGGACCCCCAGCCUCUGCCCGCUGGCCAGCCUGGCUGCCUGCACACACAGAGCCCCCUGUGCCUGCUUGCAUCCAGCACACUGCCCAGUGCCCCGUGGCCCACCGCAGCGCUGCUGGGGCCGUGCAGAACCUGGGGUGCUGCUGGCAGCCCUGCAGGGAUGCACCGGUGCGGUCUGCGGUGGGAGCGAGUGCCACAGGGUCCCCGCUCCUUCAUGUCUGUGUCCUGAGCAUGUCACUGUGUGAUCGUCGGGUGCAGCAGGGACCCCCUGGGGGAGCUGUAACGCACCCACGGGUGCCCCCGGGACCCCGUAAGGCGGGGCAGGGGCUGCGGUAGGUCCCGGCUGUACCCAUGGCUGGGUGUGGAGCCAGGCGGGAUGAAGGCUCCCGCGGCGGGGGGGGGGGCGUCUGACCGCGGCCGAGGGCAGUGGGGCUGCCCCAGGGAGGGGCCGGGGCACCGGCGGAGGGCAGAGCCGGCCGAAGGCACUGCUCAGUUCUCCGCAGCUCGCCCGGGGCUGCCCCACGGUGCUGCCCAGCCCCGGGCGCGCUGCCGCUGGGCCGUGCGGGUGCCGCCUCCAGCUCCGGCCGGGCCGCGGCGCCGCGGGGCGAGGCCUGAGGAGAACCCGCCCCGAGCUCCCCCUCCGCCGGUCCCCGCAGCCGGGGCCCCGCCCCGCCGGUGGGCGGGCACCCGUGGGCGGUGCCGGGCGCUGGUUGGCGGCGGCGGCGGCGGCGGAAGGCGCGUGUCGCGGCGCGGGGCGGGCGCGAUGGCGGCGGCGCUCUCGGGGGUCCCGGACGUGGAGAUCGACGGUGACGGCGUGUUCAAGUACGUGCUGGUGCGUGUGCGCGCGGCCGGCGCGCCCGGGAAGGACGUCGUGCGCGGGCACGGCUGGGCCGAGUACCACGCCGACAUCUACGAGCGGACGGCGGCGGAGCUGGCGCGGCAGGGCCUGGACUGCGAGUGCCUGGGGGGCGGCCGGCUCGCCCACCGCCCCCAGGAGAGGAAGAUCCACGUUUACGGAUACUCGGUGGGCUUUGGGCGAGCCGACCACUCCGUGACUACGGAGAAGCUGAAGGCCAAGUAUCCGGACUACGAGAUCACCUGGGCGGAUGAAGGCUACUGACUCGUCUGCCCAGGCUGCAGAAGCGGCACCAGCCUGGAGCUGGUGUGGCCAGACCCGGUGUCGGGGUGGUGGCAGUGGGCUCCCGGUACUCUGGGCUCUUCUGGUUUUCCUUUGUGUUGAACUCGCCUGUUCUCCACUGUCACCGGACUUCCCACGUGCUGGUGGGUGCUCCCACGUCCCCAGCGCGGCAAAGCCUUGGUGAAGCCGGUGGGUGCCGUGCCCUGACCUCCCCAGUAGCGACGGGGUUUGUCCCACAUGCGUGUGUGAGAAUUAAACACCCUGGGCAGCGCAGUG